AUGAUUACGAACGAAAGUCAAUUUCUUGCGUUACCUCAAAAAUUAUCUAAUCAACCAACAGCGAAGCAAACACAACUGGCCAUAAGUGCAGCUACCGUACAGCUUACACAACAUACGCAAAAUGUGACACAAAAAAAUGCAAACAAUAUGGAAGCAACCAUCCAACGAAACAAUGAGAAGUUCAAAACGAACCUCUUUCUACAUGUGACACAUGAGGCUAGACUUAAAGGUUUAGCUCGUGAAAUACACAUGAUACACGAUAGUCACUUUAAAAACACAGACAAGGGAGAAAUAAGAUUAGUUGUUGGUUUUCGAAAUAAUCCCAAUAUUGAAUUUGAACUUUCACGUAAACGACCAGCGUCAUCAUUAUUAAAAGAUUCAUUAGCAAAGAGUAAGAGAUAA